AUGACUAAAUCAGAUCUUGGUGACGUUUGUGAACGCUUUUUAUCAUCGCGUUUAUUAAAACAAACAGAUUCUUCUUUCUAUAAAAAAGCGUUAAAUAAUGAACGUAUUGCGAAUGAACAUAAACAUCAUAAUAUCUUAAGUCAAAAAUUAUUAUUUAAACCAUAUAAAAAGAAUCCAUUACAACAACUUCGUCAACGUUAUUCAAAUAUUGGCAUACCAAUAACUAAUGAUGUCAUAUUAACAUCAUGUAAUAAUAAUCAACCAAAAAAUCAUGAUAAUAAUAGUAAAAAUAAUAAUACUAAUAAUUCAUCGUUAAUGAUGAAGUGGCAAUUAUUAAAAGAUCGUGGUUCAGGUUUAAUUAAUCUUGGUAAUACAUGUUUUAUAAAUGCAUCAUUACAAUGUCUAGCGAAUACACCACCGCUUGUUCAGUGGCUUUUAUCUAAUUCACAUCAUCAACAUUGUCGUAUAAAAUUAGAAAAACAAUUUUGUUUAUUUUGUGAAGCUGAACGAAUUGUUAAAUUAAUACAUACAAAAAAUUCCUAUUCAUCAUCAACAGGUCCAGCUAAUCCAAAUAAUAUUGUACGACGUAUUAAAGAUAUAUCAAAAACAUUUCGUUUUGGUCGACAAGAAGAUGCUAGUGAAUUUUUAAUUUGUUUAAUCGAUAAAAUUAUUGAAGCAUGUCUUCGUUCAUCACAGCCACCUGAACGUUUACGUCCAUCAUCUGGAUCAUCAUAUGAACAAUUAUGUCAUUCACAAACAUUUCUUCAUGAUUUAUUUGGUCUUGUUUUACGUUCACGUGUCAUAUGUUCACGUUGUCGUUAUACAUCAGAUACAUUUGAAGUUCAAUAUACAUGGAUUGUUGGUGUACGUAAUCAUUCUGAUUUACGACAAUCAUUACAACAAUUUGUUUGUCGUGAAACAUUAUCAGGUGAAAAUUUAUAUCGUUGUAUUAAAUGUAAACAAUUAGUACCAGCUAUUAAACGUUAUACACUACAUAAAGCAUCAAAAAUUUUAUUAAUUAAUUUAAAACGUUUUGAAUUUGGUAAAAAUUCACAUAAAUUAUCACAUCUUGUUCGUUAUCCGGAAUAUUUAAAUGUUAAACCAUAUAUGAGUGAAGAACAUUCAAAUGACCAAUCAUUAAAUUAUCGUUUAUAUGCUGUUUUAGUUCAUGUUGGAUCGUCAAUGCAUUCAGGACAUUAUUAUUCGUAUGUACGUUCACCAAAUAAUCGUUGGUAUAAAGCUGAUGAUACAACCAUGACACAAUGUGAUUUAAAUCAUGUUUUAACACAAUAUGGAGCUUAUAUUUUAUGUUAUAUUAAUGAAACAGAAUCAUCAUUAACGAAUAACUUGAUAAAUGGAACAACAACAACAAUAAUAACAAAAAAUAAAAAUGUUUAUCAAAAUGGUAAAUUAAAUAGUAGUGAACAACAAUCGAAUACAAUAACAACAAAUUCGAAAUUCUUUACUCCACGUCAAAUACCUAUUCAAAAUCAUCCUCGACAAAUAAAUGGACUAAAUGGACAUACAAAACCUAAAAUUCAAUCAUCGAAUACAGAAUCAAUUAAUGGUAAUGCUACUGUAUCCACUGAAAAACGAGAAUCAAUUGUAAUGAACGUUCCUAAACUUUCUGGUUCAUCCAAUAAGUUGAUUCAAGAAGAUCGUCAAUCAACUUCUUCAGAACCAAUGAAUAAAUCGAAUUCAACAUCAAUAUCAUUAUCAUCAAUAAAUAAUAGUAAUUGUUCUGUAUCUUCAUUAUCAAGUACACAAUCAAGUUCAUCAUCAUUAAAAUUAACUAUAAAAACAACUUCAUCAUCUUCAAAAAUCAAUGAACUUCCAUCUAUUUCAAAUCCAAUUAAUCAUAAUAAUGAAAAUCAUGAUUCAUCUGAAUUUGAACAACCCGUAAAAAAGAAACAACGUAUUGAAGAUUCAUUAUCUCUUAUAUCUUCUCAAACAAAUUCUACUGAUGAACAAUCAAUCUCCUCCUCAUCGCUCAUAAAUAACCUUAAAAAAAAGAAAAAGAAACACACAUUUGAUAAACAUCAUCAUCAUAAUCAUCAUGUGAAACGACUUCAUGAUCAUUCAUAUACUUCACCUAUAUCUAAAUCACAAUCAUUUAUUACUGAUGAACAAUAUCAGCAACAUCGAAAAAAUAAAAAACAUCAUUUACAUAGACAAUUUUCUUUACCAUUAUCCCGCGAACCUUCGUGA